AUGACUGCAAUCCAAUCUCUCCUCAACCCCGUCGAGGACGGGGAGAACUAUGAAAGCAACAACGACAGCAGGGACGAGCUCUCCGCCCACGGCAGCCAGGCUUCGGCGGCGUCUGACACAGUUGGACAUGAACCAGACAAGCGCAUUCGAAAGAAGCAGAAGAUGUGCAAAGAUGCUGCGGUCUUCAAGCCGGGGGUCAUCCAAGGAGAAUGUCGAUAUCCACCUGACGAGUAUCAAGAUGAGUUGCUAGAGGCCAAACAUCAGAUGUAUGAAGUCUACCCGAUUGGCGACAUAGCAACCUACCCAAGACAUAUCCCGUACAACAGUGAGAAGAAGUUGUUUUGGGAGAAGACAGGCAGGGAGAGCUUCGAAGUCUUCCAAUACCAAUUCAAAAUACCGGGCGAAUCAAACACAUACACCAUGCUGUGGGACUACAACAUCGGUCUGGUCCGGACCACGCCUCUAUUCAAGUGUGGGAACUAUUCAAAGACUACUCCCGCAAAGAUGCUGAGCAGGAAUCCCGGCUUGAAAGAACUGUGCCACAGCAUCACCGGAGGAGCUCUUGUUGCACAAGGUUACUGGAUUCCCUACGACGCGGCCAAGGCAAUGGCUGCCACGUUCUGCUGGCACAUUCGCUACGCCCUGACCCCGGUGUUUGGAAAAGCCUUCCCAGAGCUCUGUCUCCCUCCCGACUCUGAGAAUUUCGGCUCUAUGCAGAUUGACCCAGAGAUCACCAAACGUUGUGCUCUGCAGGCUCGGCACUAUCGUGAACUUGAGAACUUGGCUGCGUCGGGGCCAUCGUCCGGCAUAUCCAGCCCUCAGACGUCGCAGACACCGCAGACGCCCAAGGUCCGGCCUCAACUCAGAAUGAUCCUGCCCAAACCCUACAAAGAGACGGACUCCCAGAGUGAAUACUCGACGGACACAAGUCGUGAGGACAAAUACGAAUUGUCUUCUCCCUCGCCCCAGAUUGCCUUUACCAACCCUUGGUCUGCGGUCAACACCCCUCGCUCUCCUCCCAAGAUCUCUUUUGACAACCCUUGGUCACCGUCCAGCACUACUAGGUCAUCUUCACCUUGUAGAGCAACUCGCAAAGGCCGGACGGCAGCCAAUAUCCCACGAUCUCACACCCCUCUUGACCUGUUGCCACCCCCUAGGAGGCCCUUGUUCCCUGCCACUCCACCGAACUCUGUCGAAGCAGACAAAUCGGUCCUAGACAUGUCGCCCAGAUCAGCCGCGGAAAUGAUGGAGGUUGAUGAAGACUACGAUGCAGGGUCAGACGAUUCUGAGGACUCGAAGGGGCAGAAUAAUGUUGCAGCGAGAAAGAAGUCCUCAAGGGGAUUUACCGACACUAAGGCGGCCUAUAUCUUGAUGAAGUUGAAGACGCAAGGAGAGAUGUUCAAGGCGGAUGAGAAGUCCUUGAAGCGUCGUGCUUCUGCGUAG